GCUGGUUGGUGGAGAGUGGCCGCGACCACACAGCUGAGAGGGGAGGGGGGGCGGUGCGGUUAGAACCGGUGGGUUCGUGCUUCCCAUUACCCCCCACCCCCGAAGUGGGGGAGCCCUCGCGCGGCGGGGGAUACCUGCUGCCCGAAGCGCAGAGCUGAUUGUUGCAGGAGCUGGAGGUUUGAUGGAAGUUGUGGUUUAAGGACCCCACACCAGCACCGAAACAAUUAAAAAGGGAAAGAGGAUUGAGUCGAUGGUAUUGCUGGCCCCUCUCUGUUUCCUAUGGCCAACACGCCCAGCGCAGGGCUGGCAGCUGCGGACCCCCGGAUACUGGCCUUAGCUGCUCAGGUCACUGAGAGCAGGGAACAGGACAUCCCCCUGCUCCUUCUAAACUUAAAGGGAAUUUUAAAUAUUGCUUCCUUGGGAUGUGAAGAAUCAAAAAAAAUUAAGCAAGAUAUAUACAAUUAUGAUCUUACUCAGUACUGCAUGCUGGUCCUUAGACAAGACCACUCUCGACUGCGUGGAGGCUGGGCUACUGCUGCCCAGCUAGCAGAGAUACUAAGUCAUUGUUGUGUAGGACUAGAGGUGAAAGAAGAUACUGAGGAAUUUUACAAGAAAUUUCUUCCUUCAGCUAUAGACAACCUGCUGUUUUUGGGAAGACGCUUGCAAGCACGAUUUAUCCGAGCAAUCAAGGAUGAAGAAAAACAAGAUUUUUUAUGCUGGUUCCAAACAGUAACUGAUGCCAUCUGCUGGCUGUUCGGUGGGCAUAUUCAACUAGCAGCAUGCGUACUGCAAAAUGAUCACUUCCUGCAGUUGUUAAUAACGGAUGAUGUUGAAACAGCAAUUAAAAUGAUGUCUGUUUUACACAAUAUUCUGACGGUCAAUAGUUCUGUCUUGCUCCAGGUUGAUGAAGAGACCCUUCACUCUGUUUUGGAUGAGCUUGUUUAUAAGCUUUCAUCUACCACCAAUCCUGUUGUAGGAAAUGCUGCUACAAAACUGCUUUUGUUGGUGGCAAAAUUUUGCAAGCAGCUUGUGAAGUUACUCACAGCUCGCUACAAAGGAUUAAAAGGGCUUUUAAGUAAACAGUGGACUGGCAAAGGAUUUGACAGGGAUCUCAGUCAACUCUUGGACCUGCUGGACUUGGAACAAUGCAGUGGAAAAGGAGAAAUGCGGGUACUGAAGUUUAACGAGACUUUUAUGCAGCAUCAAGCAGCUUGUAUAAUCCAGGCUACAUGGAGGGGAUUUCUGACAAGGAAAAGGCUGAAAAAACUACCCCAAGCUGUGACCGCUUUACAGAGAAGCUUCAGAGCUAAGCGGGAACAGGAGCUGCAGCAUUUGAAAAAACAGAAGGAAGAUGAGGCUCUAAAACUGCAAAUGCAACUUCAGAGGCAGAGAGCCAUGAGACUCUUCCAUGAACGACAGCUGGCCUUACUGGAAAUAAUCCAUGCCAGUCAGGUAAAUAAGUACAUGGAGGAAAUGGAGGGGAAAUCAGCAUUAACUAUCCAGAGAUUCUGGAGAGGGUAUAGAGCAAGAAGAAAUUUUCAUCAACAGAGACAAUCACUUAAGGAGUAUAAAGCGGCUGUUGUCAUUCAGAGAGCAGCUUGUAAAUUCUUGGAAAAACGAAGAAGGAGGAGACCUCUCUCUUCUUGGAAAGAUCCCAAGGGACUGACUGAUGAGCAGAGACUAGCUUUGCAGCAGAAGGUGGAUGACUACAUCAAAUUGCAUCCGGCUUCACAAAUGUCAGAAGAAAUGAGUAAAGAAUUGCAUAUGCAGGCCCAGGAAAAGCUGGCACAGUUCCUAUUGAGGAGCAGACUGGAUCAGAGAGCAGCGCAGCGGAGAGAGACAUUACUGGCUCAGGUCAACACCGAUGUGGAGCUGUUAAUGAAUGCUCCAGGGUUAGCAGAGAUCACAGAAAAAGAUCUUGAUGUCUUUAUGAGUCGAUCAGUCCCUGUAGCUACCAAGGCAAGACAAUCCCACAACACUAUGCUGAAAUACACUCGCUGCCCGUGGUGGAAGAAGCUUGGAGAUGAGUUUGUGGAGGAUGAUGUCAUUCCUGAUGAUGCCCUAAAUGCAGAACUGGGAACUCUGUUUAUUGGUGGAAAGAAAUCCUUUUAGGUAACAGGCAGAAGAAUUUCUUACGCAACCAGACUCAUAUCUUGCACUAUGUAUUCACUUGCGUGUGUUUUUAAGGAAGGAAAACACUUGAAUUGUAAGACAAAGCACUGAAAAAGACCAAAGCCUUAUUUUAGUGCAUUUUACUUACUAAAAAUCUCUUCCUGUACAUCAACAGUUAGAUCCUAUUGAUUGUGCUGUUGCAAAUAGGAUUUAAAUACUGUAGUUGUAAAUGAGGAUAUUUUGUAAUCUGUAUCACUUUAAAAGUAAGUUCAUAACCUUUGGCUUUUCAGUUCUUACUCACACUCAGAUGUGUAUAGAAUCAUGCCAUUGUAAAAGCCUGGGCUUCUAUAGCAAAAUAUUUUAUCAGGUGUUGUGCUUUGAGAUAAAGAUGGGUUCGGAACAAACCAAGACAUGAAUAAGAAGUCAAGCAAGCACUAGGCAGGCUGGGUGCUUCUGGCAGGGUAGAGCAGUGGACUUCAGUGAGCACAGGCAAAGCUUGGCCUGAGGAACUCCACCAGCCUCUUGACAGCAGCAAGAGAAAAAGCAAGGGGAGGAAAAAAUGCCAAUAUUCUUGGAUUAUAUGUGUGCUCCUUUAAAAGCAUGCAGUUCUUUCCACAGCCAAUGCAGUGCAUUGUAACACGGCCGCAGUCCGAACUGUUGUAAGGGAUUGUAGCCUCAGUGUGACCAUUUGGACCAUCAGUGCUGUCUUCUCAAACCAUGCAGAUGCUGUUUAAUCUGGAAAGGUCUACAGCACAGGGCCUCUGCAGUGGCUGUGACCCGGUACGCAGUAAAAACCUACAGUCAAGGGCAGAAGGCUGCUGCUUACUGAUGUGCCCAGAAAGCAAGGAGAACUCAAGGCUGCAGCUAGUGCCAUAGGUGCCUGUGCUGUUUUUUUAGGUGAGAGGCCAAGAGAAUCCUAAGAAUAAGAUCUUACCUCACUGCAGAAAAAGAAAAAGCGCAGUGAUUUCUGCCAGUUGUAUGUGGGCAGCAAUACUGGUUCAGCAUGUUUGUUUUCCAUUCUCUCUAGAAGGUUUUGAGUUUUAAUUUUAGUGGAGAUGAAUGGAAAACAAAUAAAUAGAAAUAGUGGGCAGAAGCCCAAGCCUGUUCAGAUGCAGCUGAUACAUUGAAAUUAAUAACUGGACAGCUGCCAAGAGGAAGAGCUGUGCUCUAGGUUAAUUUUUUAACAGAGCUGUGAUUUGGAAGGCACUGAAUUGGCUCUCAGUUCCUUUCUUGGAGAGUUAACUGGUGGAACAAUCCAUUAAGCAUUUGCCAGAGCUCUUGCAUGUGUCUGUUGAGUUACAAACUGUUCUGCACAGCCCUGCUAUUAGUUUUACACCAUGCCCAUAAGAAGACAGGUGCCCUACAACCACCAGAGUGGAGAGGCUGGGGGCAGUCACCAAGCGUUCCUGGGGAUGGAAGCUACCCCCCAGCAGCUGCCAAGCUCUGGUGCUGGAAAAGGCCCAGCAUCUCUGUAUGAACUGCAGCAAGCCAGCUGGUCCCUCACAAAUACAUGAGUCCUCUGUGCACGGCAUAGUCCCCUGUGCCAUGCAGCCACUGACCCAAACUAUUCUGAGACGGCAGCCUCUGAUGUUAUGUUUAUACCUAAUCACCUUCAUUAUAACAGCUCUUUAGUACGGGGGGAUGCUCAUAGAGGUGCUUUGCUUAAUGUGUUUGAUGUAAAGAGACGAGCCCCCUGGCCAGUGUUAAAUACCAACUGAAUUAUAGAGCCAUCUUACCAAAAAGCCAUUUAUUGUAAUGGCCAUUGCCACUCACUGCCAUUAGAGUGGAUAAUGAACUCCCCCUUUGGAAUAUGCAAUUUGCAGAAUAAUGGGAUUUUUUUAAGUGAACAGAGAGCCUGAUGGAAGGUGCAGUCUUGCUGGAGGAAUUCGAGUUGCUGGGUUGUUUAUUCCCAACCCAGCAGCACAAAUUCCCCUGCCCCACCACUGCCCUGAUAAGUAAAAAUGCCUCUUCUUACUUUGUGCUUGUCACCAGGAGAUCUCAGUCAUCUCCAUUUUACAGAGCAGGGAAAGCAAGGCAAGAGAGCCAGAAGGGAACGUGCCUAUGGCUGUAGAUAACUGUAUAACCUGUCACUUGUUCCCGUUACUGUCCCAGGCAGAGCAAGCCAGAAAGGAGCCACUGGAGCAUGCUGGGGCAGUGCUGGGAGAUGCUCUCAGAUGCCAGUCACUGUGGCCAGCUUGGAGCCUGGGCCCAGCAAAAGAGACCCCCAAGCUGCCCUGCUGCUGCCCCUUUUGCUCAUGAGUGGGAGGGAUUUGGCAUAGCUUGGCUCAUCCUCUCCUCAGGUCCUCCUGCACCAUGCACAGGACAUGUCGCUGGCGACUUACUUCACUGCAGCUCCUUCUGGCAUAAAAUACUCCUGCCUGAAUAAUGGGAACAGAUGUAGACAGCUGAGCGGAAGCCACCUCCAGCCUGCUACCAGGUGACCAGUCCUGUCUGAGUUAUGUGGUCACCAAAAAUAAGACUGUAGGAGAGGCUGUGAGCUGAGAUGGGGCCAGUCCUGCUCCCUGCUUGCCACAGACCACAGGCACGCUUGGAAAGCACAUAAACGUGCCAGAGAGGUCCUCCAGCUGAGUAGGAAAAGGGGCAGAAUUUGGUCGUGCCGAGCAGGUCUGGGCUGUGCCACUUCGGAUAGCAAACAGGCCUGCCCCAGCAGCCUGGAGACAGACCCUGCACACGCCCGGAGGAAGCGCGGGGUGGAGUGACAAACCUGGGGUGCCAUGCUGUGAUGUGCAGAGGGGCAGAGGUGAAGCUGGAGCUGUGAAGGCAGCAGUGCUCAGGUCAUUAAAUAUUGAUGCCAUCUAAGCUGGCCUGUGGGGGCGAUUUAGCUGAAUUGCAGGUUUCUGUUGCUGAGAUAAAUUGGACCAAUUUGUCAUGUGAUUUUGUUUCUUCCCUCCCUUAAGUAAAGCUAUACAGGAGUGUUAUUGACACAGCUUCAGCAAUCUGGACAACAAAAUCCUCUGAUGAAAUAAAAAAGAAGGAAUGGUGACUGUUCUUCUGCCAAAGGUGCCACCAGAGUCAUGGAACAGCAAGAAGGCAGCAAAAGGAACAACAACAACAAAAAAAUCACUCAUCCCUUUCAGAGCUGGAGACAAAGCAGUGUCCUCUGCUGGCUCCUGCAAUUGAGGAAAAUUCCUGUUUAUCCAGACAGAUGCUUUUUUUCAGCUUUAGCUGUAACUGGACUCUGCAAACAACAGGACGCUCAUCUCUAGUGGAGACGCAGGCAUGUGCUUGAGACUAUGCUGCUAAGUCCAAGGGCAUCUCCUGGCCUGCCAGGCUGCCUGUAACAGGAGCCCUGAACUGAGGACGGGAGAUAACCCUGAUGCUGUUUCACCUCUCGCCGCUGAGUCUUCUACUGCUGAUUUCCAUGGGAGCAGAAUCUGGUACAAACAUCUGCUCUCCACUGCAGAGUAUCAUGUACAUCAAGAACAAGGAGAAAUGAAAGCUUUCUCCAUGUAGCGGAAUCGGGGCUAUUUAUAAAUAAGCAUGUAUCAGAAAAGGGGGAUCCGCAAAGAUCAUCGCAAUCGGUCUCUAAGUUCUCCUUGUCAUCCUUCUUCAUAGCACAGGAACACCGGG